AAGAGCGAGGCGGAGAGGCAGGCUUAUUUCGAGAACGACCCGCGCGCUGAAGAGGUAAGACCCUACGAGGUCUUGUGCAAAAACUGUAAGACGUGGGUCAAGCUCGGCUCGAAGAUCCGCUUUGCCCCGAGCAGCCGUGUAACAAUAGCAGAACGCAAAUUGAGGCUCGUUAAUGACCCCGUCGCAAAGAGCUUUUCCAAGAAGAGUGUGGAGUGUGGGGAGUGCGGUUCGGUCAUUGAAUUGGAGGGGGAGGACUACGAUCUGACAAAAUGGGAAGAACACAAGUUAACUUGC